GCGGUGGCGGCGGCUCGAGCUCGGCGGGGCGGGCAGAGUGCGGCGGCGGAGCGCAGCGCAGGCGCGGGACGACGCGGUCACAGCGGCGGGGAGAGAGAGACAGAGCGGCGGACACCGUGAGGCCCCCCACCCCAGCGGCGUAACACCCCACCUCCUCCCGAUCGGGGCUUUAAACUCACCCCAUCCCUCCCCGCAGCGGAUUUAAAGUAACACCAGCAGAAGGUUUCCUCUCACCCGGCAGGUUACCUCUAACAGGGGCUUUAACCUUACCCUAGCUCUCCCCACAGAGGGUGUCUUCCCUGUCACUCGGCAGAUUACCCCCGACUGGUGAUUUAAAUUCAACUCAAUUCCCUAGCAGAGCGUUUAACCGCUAGAGGAUUUAAACCCCUCCAGUUUAACCCCACAGAUUUUAUGAACUUCACCCGCAGGAGGUUUAAACUAUGUCAAGAGACCCAGCAGAGGGUUUAAAUUCACCCAGCAGCUUUCCCUCACCUAGUAGGAGUUUACCCCUGACAAAGGCUUUAAUCUGCUGAGGUUAAAGGACAGUAAACCAGAGUUUACCUGUCUCAGUUCCUCCUGCAGAGAGAUAGACAAUCUCCCAGCAGGGUGUUAACUGUCCCAGUUUGCCCAGUUUAAACUUUGCUCGUGUUGGCAAUUAUGUCCUCCAAAUAGGGAUUUAAUUUCAUCCAGUAAGGUUUAACUCUGCUUUUGGUGGAUUACUUCCCUUGACGGGGGGAGGGGGGUUUAGCCUCCCCAAAUGCCCCAGCAGAUAUAUCAGCUCAAGGUUUUUUUUAACUCUCCCUCGUUACAGUUGUCCAAGCUCUUUCAACUGGGUUUGCUCCUUCACACCCCACUCACCCAGGGCACUUGGCACAAGGUAGUCCUCCAGCAGAGUUUUCACCCAGAAGAGGUCGUAUUACCCUUAAGGCCCUCCCCACACACUCCUUGUCCUGCACCUGGUAGGCCAGCCUUGCAAUGAACGACAUCCUGGUCUCAUUUGCUACAGUGGCUGGCACAGUGGUGGUGUGUCAGGCUCUGCGGCGCAUGGCCAGGGCGAUGCUGCGGCCCCGGCACCCACUGCGCCAUUUGGGGAGAAGCGGGCAGAGCCGAGCCCCAUUUCUGGAGCUGGCCACCGAGCUCUUCUCCACCCUGCAGCUGUGCCUCUGCACCCAUGAGCUGCGUCUGCUGGGACUCUCGGGGGCUCUGCCUGGCUCGGUCCCAGCACUGGCAAUCGUCUACCUCAUCACCCUGGUCCACAUCUCCACCUUUGGCAAUGCCACCUGCAACCCAGUGAGUUCCCUGGAGCAGUUCCUCUGCGGCCAUUGCAGCGGUCUGCUGACCCUUUCUAAGGUGCUGGUUCAGCUGACAGCUGCCUCGGUUGCCCGCAGCCUCUCUCAGCUGAUCUGGGCCCUCCACAUGUCCGUCCUGCACCAGCGUCACUCCCAACGCCAAUACAAGUGUACCUCGGCACUGAACACCAGCACAUUAAACAGUGGGAUGUUCGUGGAGUUUGCCUGUGCUUUCAUCGUAAGAGCUGUCAUCUUCCGGCUACAGCACCUCAGUCCUUGGUCCAAGAUGCACCAGGUCGCUGGGGUAAUAACCUUCCUGGUGUUUGCAGCUGGAGACCUGACUGGAGCUGUGUUUAACCCAGUGUUAGCCUAUUCAGUCUUGUUCAACUGUGAGGGAAAUACCUUUCUUGAAUAUGCCUUUGUUUACUGGCUUGGACCCCUAAUGGGUACCCUGACAGCUGUGAUGCUCUUUGACAAGAAAAUGGCAUACUGCAGUAGCAUAGCUACGCGAACACAGCAGCGUGCAGAGAAACAAGACUGAAAGGGGAUGAGUGAAGAUGAAUGUUUUCAGCAGAGUCUCUGAAGGAGGAGGAAGCUGCUAGUGUUAAGAAGAUCAAUCUUCUUCCAUUUCAACUGGCAGUUUGAUAAAUGACGGACAGCAAGCAGUACAAAUCAACUGAGGUUUGUAUCUCAAUUUUUAGGGACUCUUCGAAAGCUGAGAAAAAUUUUUAAACAAGAACUUUUUCCUGUGGACCUGUGGUUGAACUACAUCUUUUCAAGCCUUUUCACCAAUGAAGAAAAUACCUUAAUAACAAAAUUGUUAAACAAGUUAGUUUUAUUCUAGGAUUAAACACAUUAACAUCCAGGCCAGCAGAAUUUCACAUAAAUAUCACUGAAUUUUAUUAAGUUUUAUUAAUGAAAUGUUUGGCAUUUAGUUUCGGCCACUGUUUUUGAACAUUCUCAGUGUGGUAAGAUAAGGAAUGCUUGUGCAGUGAGGAGUUAGUACAUGGGCUAGUGUCACAACUACCUGUGCCACACGGACAGCACGCCCAGCAUGAACACUCCACCUCCUUCCAAAGGCAUCAACAGGAACAAAUAGUUGGGAGGGAAAAUUGCAAUGCUGGAUUGCCCUGGUCUUGUUCUAGUGAAAAUGAGCACAAUCUGUUGUAGAACAAUCACUCUCUGGAACUGUUGAGCAGCAUCGGCACAGUGGGAUUAAAGUCAGUCCACUCACUGUGUCAUGCCCACUCUGGUAAGUGUCCUAACCAUAUCAACUCAAGGAAUUUUGCAAAUCAAUUCUCUGUUGCAAAAGUUGUGAUGUAUAGGAUAAUCAUCCGGGUAGGUGUUACUUGUUGAUGCCUGGAUAGUGAGUUAAUUAGAGAUUUCUAAAAAUCUUUUAUGACUGUCGUUCAUGACUACAUUAAAGAGUCUAUUGAAACCUGUUUAAUAUAAUCAAUAUGAUAAACAGCCACUUAAGAAUCAGAUGCUGUCCUGACAAGAUGGCACCAGUGAACUACAGUGACGUUCUGCAGGCUACACACAAAACUUCUAAAUAUACCUGGUUUCCAUUACUCUCACGGCAAUCUGCAGUAUGUAGUUUCCCUUUAAACAUGGUAUCAUUUUAGAUAGGAAGUGGAAUAUUUUGUACUCAUUCAUACUCUGAUGUUUUUACAAGAGAGGUUCAAGAACUCUUCAAGAAGGGAGGGGUGCAAUAUUUAUUUUGUCUGUAGGAGUGUCAAAUUUUUAGUGACUGAACCGUUAAGCAAUGGGAUCCCCUGUGUACAGACCAGAAUGAUUAUCAGUUUGGGCUUCAGUUGGGCCCAACCAUUUGCUCUUUCCAUAUCUGAGCUACGGAAAGGUAACAGCAACUCCUGGUCACUACACUACUGUGCACACAGGUGGAGACUGAGGUCAUUGAGAUUUGGAGUUCGUCUACCCUCUGCCAUGCUUGCCUAGCUGGGCAACUUAUUAGAGAGUAUUUGAUGCCAACUAUGGGGAAAUGUGGGUUGGAAGAUGUGUGGAAAACUGAAGAUAGACAAUAGGUGCAGGAGUAGGCCAUUCGGCCCUUCGAGCCAGCACCGCCAUUCACUGUGAUCAUGGCUGAUCAUCCACAAUCAGUAUCCAGUUCCUGCCUUAUCCCCAUAACCUUUGAUUCUGCUAUCUUUAAGAGCUUUAUCCAUCUCUUUCUUGAAAGCAUCCAGAGACUUGGCCUCCACAGCCUUCUGGGGCAGAGCAUUCCAUAUAUUCACCACUCUCUGGGUGAAAAAGUUUUUCCCCAACUCUGUUCUAAAUGGCCUACCCCUUAUUCUUAAACUGUGGCCUCUGGUUCUGGACUCACCUAUCAGCGGGAACAUGCUUCCUGCCUCCAGCGUGUCCAAUCCCUUAAUAAUCUUAUAUGUUUCAAUAAGAUCCCCUCUCAGCCUUCCAAAUUCCAGAGUAUACAAGCCCAGUUGCUCCAAUCUUUUGACAUAUGACAGUUCCGCCAUCCUGGGAAUUAACCUUGUGAACCUACGCUGCACUCCCUCAAUAGCAAGAAUGUCCUUCCUCAAAUUUGGAGACCAAAGCUGCACACAGUACUCCAGGUGUGGUCUCACCAGGGCCCUGUACAGCUGCAGAAGGCCAGCAAUUUGUAAUGAAGGCCAGCAUGCCAUUAGCUUUCUUCACUGCCUGCUGUACUUGCAUGCUUGCUUUCAGUGACUGAUGAACAAGAACACCUCGUUCUCGUUGUACUUUCCCUUUUCUUAACUUGACUCCAUUUAGAUAAUAAUCUGCCUUCCUGUUCUUACCACCAAAGUGGAUAACCUCACAUUUAUGCACAUUAAACUGCAUCUGCCCACUCACCCAACCUGUCCAAGUCACCCUGCAUUCUCAUAACAUCCUCCUCACAUUUCACACUGCCACCCAGCUUUGUGUCAUCGGCAAAUUUGCUAAUGUUAUUUUUAAUUCCCUCAUCUAAAUCAUUAAUAUAUAUUGUAAACAACUGCAGUCCCAGCACUGAACCCUGCGGUACCCCACUGGUCACCGCCUACCUUUCCGAAAGGGAACCGUUAAUCGCUACUCUUUGUUUUCUGUCAGCCAGCCAAUUUUCAAGAUGUGAUUUAUAGCUACCAGACAAUGAAUUCUGAAUAUGUAAAAAGGUAACUGGGGGACGAAGUCAUCCCUGGCAGAGAUGUGAAUGGUUGCAAGGGACUGAAUUAGAAGUAUUCUGGUGAGAUCCUUUGUACUCUUGACUUUCAAUGUAUUUUCACUGUAUGUUCCAAUUAAAUGAAUGUUUCUUGACAAAGAAAAAUGUUCAUGAAUAACUAUUGUAAAUUUGUUAAGGAUUAUUAUAACCUGCCUUCCAUUAACUAGCAUUAACUGGACAGUUCUUAAUG